AAAACACUGAAAACUACACAACCCAGCGUGCUUGUCAUAGUUUCCGGUUAUCGUCCCGUACGCACGGAACUCACUCGCUCUCAAGGUGGUCUCCUGCCACAGUCUGAUGCUUCCUGCUGUGCUCCGCUGCGUCCGGCCCGUCUCUACCCGUCUUCCCUUAAGCCGGCCUCUGGCCCACGUCACCCCACGCAUGGAUCCAGACCAGGGUCGGCCCGUCCAGAGGACUAUAACCGCCAAGCUGACUGAAAAACUCAAGCCGGACCACUUGGAGGUCCACAACGAAAGCCACAUGCACGCCGUGCCCCCCGGCUCCGAGUCCCAUUUCCGUGUACUGGUCGUCAGCUCGCAGUUUGAGGGUCUGCCUCUGAUACAGCGCCACCGUUUGGUUAAUGAGGCGUUGAAAGAGGAGUUGAGUAGCUGCGUUCAUGCCCUGGCCAUCCAGGCAAAGACUCCUGAGCAGUGGGGACGUAACCCCUCGGUGGCUCAGAGUCCGCCUUGCAUGGGGGGCUCAAGGGGGGAUCACACGGUGGAGGAGAAACUGAAGGCCGGGCGGGAGUGACUGGUUGUGGACUAUGACGCUUUUGAGACUGCACUGUGAAGAAGGUUGAUUGAAAUCACGAUUGAACGUUUAUAUAAUAACAACCAGGGAUGAAUUGAUUAAAAUGGAAUUCUUUGCAAAUGAAGUUGGAAACAUAGAAACUGUGAGUUGGUAUUCAGCUAUUUACUAAACCAGUAAUUAACAUAAUCUAUUUGGACAUGUGAACCGUAUCUAACUGAAACAGUGAGGCCCCACACCUUAAUUAAAAGUUGGGUUUCCAGUCCGUUAAAGUACCAUCCUUGCAUGCCAAUAUGUAUCCUAAAAUAGUUAUUGAAUGCUAAUUAUUUCCUGCUUUCAGGAUUGUCUUCUAAAGUGUCCUUCAGCUUUAUGUUCACUAUGGCCGUUGUCAUGGUAGACCGUCUUCAAGAUUUAAUACAACAGCAUUAUUUGUUAUGCUCAAAGCAAAAAUAAUAAGGUUACAAAAAAGUGCCAUAAUUGCAAAGAAAUAAGCCUUCAAUGCAUUUAAUUUAAAAACAAUCAGAUGAAGUCUGUAAUGUGAUACAUUUUUGUUUGGGGAUUUUUAACUCGGUCAAUUCAUUCCUCCUAUAAUCACUUAAAGUCUUUAAGAUACACCAUAGAUUUAAAAAAAACAGUUGUACCAAAACCAUCUCAACACCUCACCCUCACCCAUCUCAACCAUCUUGAUUACAUUGUAAACAAAUAAAUGCAAUUCUAAAUGAAUGAAAGUGAUCUAGUGAGAUAUUAUUUCAGCAAGUUGUUUCCCCUGUUUUUAUGACGUUGCACAGGGGCCGUCGCUUAAACUAAUUGCCAUGAUGAAGUUGGGAGACUGUCAGUACAACCGGCCCAACACACGAUGGCAGUAUGAACAAAUACAAAGUUAACUGAAUUGGGUGAAUCGGCCGAUGAGUACAAGAUGUCGCCGUUAUUCACCCUCAAAAUCAAUUGUAAAUCCAAUUUUAUUCUUGUAUCUUUAUACAAACACAAUCCUCAGAUAAAUUAAUACGAGGACUAAUGUGAGAACCAGCCAAUACAUUUCAAAUAUAAAGCCAAUAUUAAAUGUUUUUGAUUUGAGCUAAUAAAGGACACCAGGAAAACCCCCCACAUUUAAUCAGUUGCAGAAAUAUAAUUUAUGGAAGCAUUAUUAUUAUUAUUACUAUACAUUAUUUGCUCUCAGAAUGACACUCCGUACUACAUGCGUGUGUGGGUGGGCGUUUGUUUUUGUCUCGAGGUUCUUCGUGUCACUGUGAAGGUCUUCUCGUCCUCUCCUCAAACCCUGUGAGUCAACGAAAAUUGUUGGUGGGAAUCUUCACAAACGGCGACGCUUUACCCCCAAAUUAUCAUUCCUCUACAAAAUCGAUCUGCUCCAGAUUUCUUCUUUUCCACAAAACAUGUCCAGAUUUGAAACAGACGGCACCAAGCGCACACCACGGAGCCAAAGCCGACUUUGAAUGCUCUGCGGCAAAAGCUAUUCAAAGUUGUUACGAGCCGAUAAAGACGGGCCUCCGGCGGACGGAAUGCGGCGUGACCUCAAGGCAACGCACCUCGUCCUCCGCGACCGUCCUCCGCCCGGAGUUGACAGCCUGUCAGGCCUCACAAAAGGCCUCGCUGAGGAGGGUGAACAACUGGUGUCGCUGGAUUUGGAAAGAGGAAAACAGAAACACAACCAGUUUAUGACCCCUGCUGGUCCAUUACAGCCGGGGGGGCCUAAGGGGGCAAGAAGCAAGGUCGGGGCGGUGGGAGAAAGCAAUAAGCUGGGGCUGCACUGCCCCGGGACCUGCAGACUGUCUCUGCCGCUGAGAUUUACGUGUCACUGUUCCAGGUGCGGUUAUGAUGGAGAGUGGAAAGACGUCAAGUCGUCAAAGGGUGAAGAGGUGGAGUGCAGAGACUUGUCUCGCACUUAAAAGGUUGGACUGUUUUACAUGCGUGAGUAGUACAUCACAUUCUUAGUCCGUGGCAGUUAUACGGCGAAAUAACAGGGUCGUGCAGGUCAGCGUUUGGUGACUUGUUUGGGCCAGAGGUGGAAUUGCAAGUGCUCUAAUUAACUUUCUUUGCAUGCACUUUUUCUAGCACAUUGUUACGUACUACUUUAGGCAUAAAAAAAAAAAGCAUCUGUUUGCCUCCAGCUGGGCGAUUAAGGCGUGACUGGGAGUAAAGUCCACUCGAGUGUAUUUUAGAACGGCUGAAAUGACCAGUGGGACUUGAAUAAAACGUCUAAUUGGCCCUUUCACGCUUUCCGUACCCUGUCUUCCAAAAGGCUGCUUCUGUACUUCAGAGGCACUACUAAGGUAACGUCUAUAUGAUAAUACAGUAUUCUUUCCACCUUGUGUUGUGAAAUGUUGUGCAAAGUGUAAUAAAUAGGGGUAUUUUUAA